AUGCGCGCUUUUGUUGUUCUGUGCUUGAUCGCCGCUGCCUGUGCGGAUAAAUUGGGCUACAAUUACAGUCCCGUUGGUCAUUCGGAUUCAGGACUUUCGUUUACACCUGGUGGUGGUAGCAGUGGAUUAGGUGACAUUGGAGGAUUGGGAGGCAGCAGUGGAUUAGGUGGCGUUGGAGGAUUGGGAGGCAGCAGUGGAUUAGGUGGCGUUGGAGGAUUGGGAGGCAGCAGUGGAUUAGGUGGCUUCGGAGGAUUGGGAGGCGGCAGUAGUGGCGUUGGUCCUGCAGCAUCUGGCCCUUCAUAUCAAGCUCCAGUUGCUGAAUACGAAAAGGAAUUCUUCACAUACACAGCCGAUGAGAAUGACUUCAGUGAACCUGCUGGCAACGAUAAAGUAGUCGAAUCACUGAAAAAGAAUCUUCGAGUUAUUUUCAUUAAAGGACCUGAGGGUAAUGGCUUGGAGAAAGCCGCUGUUAACUUGGCGAAAUCAGUUUCUGAGGACAAGACGGCCAUUUACGUGCUGCAGAAACAAGCCGAUUUGGGCAAUUUGGCUAACCAGUUACAAGCACAAAACCAUAUUCAGCACAGCAAACCCGAGGUUCACUUCGUUAAAUAUCGUACACCAGAGGAUGCGAUCAACGCUCAACGCGCCAUUCAAUCUCAAUACGACCAAUUGGGUGGAAAUUCUCAAUCGCACGAUGGUGGCGCCGCACCAGUUCACAAUUUCGCUUCUCCUGUUGCUCAGCCAGCUCUACGUCCUAUCAGUGCUCCCGGAGCUGCUUACCUGCCAUCUUCAAUUUUCCGUGUCUAA